GGGGCUGGCGGGCUCGUGACGUUAUCAAGCGGCGCCGCCCGCAGGGCGGGAUCCGAGCGCGACCGCGCAGCUAGCGGGCCCUGCGAGGAAACGAAAGUGAAGGAGGAGCAGGAGGAGGUUGCAGGGCCAGGCUCGGCGGCGACAGUGGCGGCCUGAUCCCUCGUCUCCGCUCGCCGGCUGCUCGCCCCAUUCCCUCAGCUAACAAUGAAGAGGAGAACUGACCCAGAAUGCACUGCCCCCCUCAAGAAACAGAAGCGAAUUGGGGAGCUUGCCCGGCACCUCAGCUCCACAUCUGACGAUGAACCGCUCUCCUCUGUCAGUCAUGCAGCAAAAGCAUCUACCACAAGCCUCAGUGGAUCUGACAGUGAGACCGAGGGGAAGCAGCCCUGCUCUGACAAAGAUGCCUUCAAAGCAGAUUCCCUUGUGGAGGGAACAUCUUCUAGAUAUUCCAUGUAUAACAGUGUUUCCCAGAAGCUUAUGGCCAAGAUGGGCUUCAGAGAAGGCGAGGGAUUGGGGAAAUACAGCCAGGGUCGGAAGGACAUCGUGGAGACCUCCAGUCAGAAAGGUCGACGUGGUUUGGGUCUGACACUACAAGGCUUUGAUCAGGAACUGAAUGUGGACUGGCGAGAUGAGCCAGAGCCCAAUGCCUGUGAGCAGGUGUCCUGGUUUCCAGAAUGUACCACUGAAAUUCCUGACUCUCGGGAAAUGAGUGACUGGAUGGUCGUGGGGAAGAGAAAGAUGGUUAUUGAAGAUGAAACAGAAUUCUGUGGGGAAGAGCUGCUGCACAGUAUGCUGAAGUGUAAGAGUGUGUUUGACAUCCUGGAUGGGGAGGAGAUGCGGCGAGCGCGCACCAGAGCCAAUCCCUAUGAGAUGAUCCGAGGCGUCUUCUUCCUUAACAGGGCAGCAAUGAAGAUGGCUAACAUGGAUUUUGUGUUUGAUCGUAUGUUCACAAAUCCCCUGGACUCUUCUGGGAAGCCACUGCUGAAGGAGUCGGAUAUUGACCUUCUGUACUUCGCUGAUGUGUGUGCAGGCCCGGGUGGCUUCUCCGAGUACGUGCUGUGGAGGAAGAAGUGGCACGCAAAGGGCUUUGGGAUGACUCUGAAGGGCCCCAACGACUUCAAGCUGGAGGACUUCUACUCAGCCUCCAGUGAGCUCUUCGAGCCCUACUAUGGUGAGGGUGGGGUCGAUGGAGAUGGAGACAUCACCCGCCCAGAGAACAUCAAUGCAUUUCGGAAUUUUGUCCUGGACAACACAGAUCGCAAGGGCGUCCACUUUUUGAUGGCAGAUGGGGGCUUCUCUGUGGAGGGGCAGGAGAACCUGCAGGAGAUCCUCAGCAAGCAGCUCCUGCUGUGCCAGUUCCUCAUGGCCCUGUCUGUCGUCCGCACAGGGGGCCACUUUGUCUGCAAAACCUUUGACCUCUUCACACCAUUCAGUGUGGGCCUCAUUUACCUCCUGUACUGCUGCUUUGAACGCGUGUGUCUCUUCAAGCCUAUCACCAGCAGGCCUGCCAACUCAGAGCGGUAUGUGGUGUGCAAAGGUCUGAAGGUGGGCAUAGAUGAUGUUCGGGAGUACCUCUUCUCUGUGAAUAUUAAACUCAACCAGCUUCGGAACACCGAGUCUGAUGUCAACCUGGUAGUUCCCUUGACGGUGAUCAAAGGAGACCAUGAGUUUAAUGACUACAUGACACGGUCUAAUGAGAGCUACUGCAGCCUACAGAUCAAAGCUCUGGCCAAGAUCCACGCGUUUGUACAGGACACGACCUUGAGUGAGCCUAGGCAGGCAGAGAUUCGGAAAGAAUGCCUCCAGCUGUGGGAGAUCCCAGACCGGGCUCGAGUUGCUCCUUCCUCUUCAGACCCAAAAUUCAAGUUUUUUGAAUUAAUCAAGGACACUGACAUCAAUAUCUUCAGCUACAAACCCACACUGCUUACUGCCAAAACCCUGGAGAAGAUCCGUCCUGUGUUGGAGUAUCGUUGCAUGGUGUCUGGCAGUGAGCAGAAAUUCCUCCUGGGCUUGGGGAAGUCCCAGAUCUACACGUGGGAUGGCCGCCAGUCAGACCGCUGGGUGAAGCUGGACCUCAAGACAGAACUGCCCCGGGACACACUGCUCUGUGUGGAGAUUGUGCAUGAACUAAAAGGGGAGGGGAAGGCCCAGCGGAAGAUCAGUGCAAUCCACAUCCUUGAUGUCCUGGUGCUGAAUGGCAGUGAUGUCCGAGAGCAGCACUUCAACCAGCGAAUUCAGCUUGCUGAGAAAUUUGUGAAAGCAGUUUCUAAGCCCAGUCGACCGGACAUGAAUCCUAUCAGGGUGAAGGAGGUAUACCGGCUGGAAGAGAUGGAGAAGAUUUUUGUCAGGUUAGAGAUGAAGCUCAUCAAAGGCUCUGGUGGCACUCCGAAGCUCAGCUACACGGGGCGGGACGACCGACACUUUGUGCCCACGGGCAUCCACAUCGUCAGGACUGUGAGAGAGCCAUGGACCAUGGGAUUCAGCAAGAGCACCAACAGGAAGUUCUUCUACAAUAAGAAAAUCAAGCAGUCCUUCUUUAUACUCCCUGCAGAAUCCAUUGCCCCCUUUCAUACCUGCUACUACAGCCGGCUCUUCUGGGAGUGGGGAGAUGGCUUCCACAUGCGUGACUCCCAGAAGUCUCAGGAUCCAGACAAGCUGUCCAAGGAGGAUGUCCUUUCCUUUAUCCAGAGUCACAAUCCUCUAGGUCCUUAGGGUUUCCACCGAUGACUGUCCUGUUGCUUAUGGCAGGGCCCAGUGUCUGGUUCCUUCUGCCUCUUGGAAAGGAACUAGGUCUGUUGUCCCUGGUCUUAAGGGAGAUGGGCUCUUCCCCAUUCCCAAGGAGCUCUAUUGGGACCUUAGAGGACGCAUUCCUGUGGAACUCUGCUGCCUGAGAACCGAUACCACCAAGAGUCAGCCUUCCAAGCAGCUGCUCAAGGGCAGGGCAGUGCUUAGUACUUGCCAGAGUGGCAGGCUUUGGGCUCAGGCAUUCCCUCUGGAAUCUGUAGACUCUGUUCUGAGUUCCAUUUACUGCCCCCAAGAGCCGUUGGGUCCUUGUUUUGCCCAAUUUCUACUAGGCCAGCCAAAUGUGGAGGCCCUCCAUCAUGCACUGGCCAGGAGCAGCUGUUGUACCAGUCAACGUUGUUUUGUAUGGUCUUUUCCCCACCCCAAUCCAAGAGUUUGUCCUGGCAGGUCGGGAAGGAGUGUGGACCCCAUAUCCUUCAAACAUCAGAGCUGUAGGGACUGCGUGUACCUGCUCCUCAAGUUUCCACCUCUUGUGUUCUCAGCACUGAGAAGCUCCAGUGGGGAGGAGCAACCUAAAAACCUGCCCUUUUCUCUUUCUGUCUCAGCAGUAACAGAAAGUAGGGGUAACAGCAGCUCUCCCGAAGUCCAGGCCACCUGAGGCUCUUGGCAGAGUUCUGAGCUCGAGGUGGCUCUAGCUGCCCCUUCCUCCUCAGUAGGAGGUACACACCGACCUGCUUUGAUUUAUCUAUAGUCAGUCACUCCAUUGCUGUCUCUGUAAGGGGAGGAAUGGCAACAGCUUUGGGUUGGGGAGGGCACCUGUGGUUGUCUCUAAUGGGAAAUCUCUCUCAAGAGCUGUUAGUGCAGGCUCCCUAGGGCCCCAUGCCAGUGCCAGACUGGUUUCCAUGGAGAUAGGGCACUGAGGCACCUGUGAGGUUGGAAUUGACUCCACCAUGGGAGGUCCCUUCCACCAACCUUAGGCCAGCAGCAAGUGCUAGGAUGCCAUAUUCCACCCAAUUCUGGGUCUAUCAGUGUGUCUUACAGAAUCUUGGAUCAUUAAACAUAUUUUUAUUGCU